CCAAAUACAACCAUCUGGCAGCUCACGCAUACAGUUCAUAUUUAAGUUCUGACGGCUUAUCAAACAAUUCAAACGACAUGCGUGUAGGCCCUGUACUUUUUACUCAAUUUACAGCUAAGCUAAAGGAAGUGCGAAUUAUCUUAGAUCCAACAUGCAAAGCUUCCAAGGGCGCCAGGAAAUAUGUGGAGAGAUUUUAUCCGAGCCUAAAGAAGAAUAAUCCAAACCUGGCUAUUUUGGUAAGAGAGUGCGCAGGUGUGCAGCCAAAAUUGUGGGCCCGGUUUGACAACUCUCAUUUCAGAAAAAGGCAAGGAAGUGUCAAUCCCCUUGGCCAACCAAUCCGCUCCAGAUAUUCAUAAGCAUUUGGAGGCUGUUGGUCGAUAAUCUAGACAAAAGCUUGCAUAUGUAGAAUGAUAUAAUGGCACUUGUAAACUAAACAAAAUA